UGAUAUUUUUAAAUUUUCAAAUUUUAAAUUGGACUCUACAACAAUGCUUACUACCUGUUUAUUUUUAUGUUUGAGAUAAUUUUCUACCUCUCACUUCCAGAGCAUCCACAUCAAUUUCAUAGAUUUUUCAACAAUGUCUAAUGACGAUAGCUCAGGUAAGUCGUGGCAUCUGUUUACAUCUGAAGAUUUGAUACAAGGCUAUAAACCAAAGUCUGUAAGGAAACGCAAGAAUAGUGCUGAGAAAGAGAAUAUUCGCGGGAAUUCUAAUAAAAGGUUUACGUACCCAUUGAGUCCACUCACGCCUACUUCUCUUCACUCUGAUAUUUCUAACUGUAAUGAGGCAGGUCGUCAACCCAUCAUCUCACCUACAGAUAUAAGCAACAGGAGUACUGCCUAUAAAACAGCAGACCAAAAAGUUUUCUUGCCAUCAAGGACUCCGCUAUCUAACAUCACUAACAAAUUGGAAGAGAGUACUAAAAGAGACGGAAGGCCAUAUGGUGGUAUUUCAAAAUUCAAGGCACCUGAAACCACUAGGAAUUUGUUUGCACCCGAAGAUCCUCCUUCUGCUGAUACUCAGAAGUACUUGCAGGAUGAUGAGAAUGAGUGCUCUACUAUUGCUGACCCUGUUUUUUCUGAUUCUUCAGAUAGUGAUUACUUAAGUGGUUAUUCGAGUACUGAUGACGACUACAUACCUGGUGUGGAAUUAGAUUCUGACUCUGACAAUGAACAACGGUUAAAUUCACCAAAGGAAAAGCCAAUACCUGAAGAGUAUGACACACUUGGUGCUCCCGAAGCCAUAUGUUCAAAAUGCAAUGCGAGGUUGUGGAAAGAAGAACGCACAAACAAAAAUGUGACGAAAGGAAUUCCAAUUUUCUCAAUUUAUUGCAAGAAGGGUAAUGUUGUGCUUCCACCAACUCCACCAACUCCUGCUUACUUAAUGCAUUUAUAUUCGAGCAAGGAAUGCGGUCCUGAAUUUAACCGUAGCAUCAGACUAUACAAUGCCAUGUUUGCUUUUACUUCCAGUGGUGGCAAUGUUGAUCAUUCUAUCAACUGUGGUCGAGGUCCUUAUAUCUACAGACUCAAUGGUCAGAAUCACCAUGUGUUUGGGCAGUUAAUACCGGAUGAUGGGAAAGAGCCGGCAUACUGUCAGCUCUAUAUUUAUGAUACAGCUAAUGAAGUCAAUAAUAGGCUACGCUGGGUUAAUGUUGCUGAUCAGCAGAGUGUUGACACAGAUGUCAUUCAAGGACUGAUACAAAUGUUGGAUGAGACCAAUGAAUUGGUUGCAAAAUUUCGUACAGCUAGAGAUCGCUGGGAGGCAAAUGACCUGGUGGACCUAAAGGUAGAGCUGAAGAUUUGUAGAUCACAAAGUGGAAGAGAGAACCAUAUUUCACCAUCUGAUGAAGUUGCCGGUAUAAUGGUUGCUAGCUGUGGUAAUACCACAGCUGAACGUGAUAUAAUUGUGGAGAAGAAAUUUGGCGGAUUACAAAGAAUAUCAUAUAUUCAUCCGAAACUCAUGGCUCUACAAUAUCCGCUUCUUUUUCCUACUGGCGAGGAUGGUUACCACAAUAGGAUACCUUUUCAAAGUGCCGAAGUAGGUUCAAACAAGGAGAAAGAUAUGAUCUCCAUGAAAGAUUAUUAUUCGUAUCGAUUCCAAGUGAGAGACAAUGAAGGUUUAACUCCAAGGCUCGGUGGCAGACUAUUUCAGCAGUAUAUGGUCGAUGCUUUCUCUUCUAUAGAGCAGACCAGAUUGUGGUGGUUCCGCACACAUCAAACUGUGCUGCGGAAUGAGCUUUAUACCCACAUAUGUGACUCAGUUAGAAAUGGUGAUGGACAGUCUAGCAAUGUUGGUAAAGGUGUAAUUCUGCCUGCUGGAUAUGUUGGCUCCAAGCGUUACAUGCAGCAGAAUUUUCAAGACGCACUAGCAGUAUGUCGGCACGUUGGACAUCCGGAUGUGUUUCUGACUAUGACCUGUAAUUCAUGGUGGGAUGAAAUCCAGAAGAUGAUGCCUUAUGUACCAGGAUGCAUUCCUUCCAAUAGCCCAGAUAUUAUUUCAAGAGUAUUCCGAUUGAAGCUAGAACAAUUAACCAAUGAUGUUAAGAAGAAAUCUCAGUUUGGCAAAUGCGUUGCAGUCAUGUACGUUGUUGAAUUCCAAAAGAGAGGCUUGCCACAUGUACAUAUGUUGAUUUGGCUUGACGCUCCUUCUAAAAAGUAUUUAAAAGAAAAUGUCGACAAGUUUGUGUCAGCGGAAAUUCCGGAUCCUGACAUUGAUCCUGUUGGUUAUGCUGCUGUCAAAGCUUACAUGAUGCAUGGCCCAUGUGGACUACAGAACCCGAAGUCUCCAUGCAUGAAAAAUUUCAAGUGCAUUCGUCAUUUUCCAAAGAAGUACUGUCCAAGAACUAUCUUUGAUGAUAGUGGAUUCCCGGUGUAUAUGCGUCGAAAGCAGAAAAUAACAGUCCACGUCCACAAAGCAGAUCUGGACAAUCAAUGGGUGGUCCCAUAUAACCGGGAUUUAUUGGGCCAUGACACAGCCACAGUUCAAAUAACUGGGAAACGGAGAAGACAUCAAAAUCUCAAUGCUGAUCAGCCGAUUGAUGAAAUUCAAGCUUACUUUGAUGGGAGAUACGUUUGUGGUGCUGAGGCUGCCUACAGGAUUUUUGGAUUUCCUAUACAUCAUAGGACUUUGUCUGUAGAAAGGCUGCCAUUCCAUUUACCUGGCCUGAAAAAUUGUACAUUUCAUGCUAGCGAACCUCUUCACAGAGUCCUUGAGCGAGAGAAAGACAGGCCAAGCAAACUGGAGGCAUUUUUCAUUCUAAAUAGGUUUGAUCCUACAGCCCGUAAAUACACAUAUGACGAAAUUCCGCAGCAUUUUGUCUGGAAUGAUAGUCUAAGGAAGUGGACUCCCAGGAAAAGAGGCAUGCAGAUAGGACGUCUUUCUUACACACAUCAUAGCAGUGGCGAAGUAUGGUACCUGCGAAUGCUCCUUACAAAAGUACGAGGUCCGACUUCUUUUGAAGACUUAAAAACUGUCGAUGGUGUACUAUUACAAUCUUUCCGUGAUGCGUGUAAGGAAUAUGGCCUGCUUGACGAUGACAAAGAAUGGCAUGAUGUUUUAAAUCAAUGUUCAGUUGGUGGAUUGGCGCCACAGAUACGCCAGCUUUUUGUGCAUAUCAUUGUGAACUGUAAGGUCACUGAUAUCGCUACCCUUUGGACCAACCACUGGAAGCAGAUGGUCGAUGAUAUUCUGCUCCAGAGACGAUUGUUGAGUGAAAAUCAUAACCUACAACUGAAUGAUUUGCAGCUACAGUUCUAUGCUCUGGCAGAAAUUGAUGACUUGCUUCGCGCUAUUGGUAAAAGCCUUAAAACUUACUCUCAGCUUCCACAGCCACCAUUAAGUUACCUGCAUCAUGGUACAAAUAACCUCAUCAUCGAAGAAACAAAUUAUAAUCUGGCUGACCUGAAAGCUGAGCAUGAAAAUCUGAUAUCAAAGUGCAAUGAAGAGCAACUCAAUGUCUAUGGGAAAGUGCUGGACUCUGUUAAAUCUAAUGAAGGUGGUUUGUUCUUUGUUUAUGGCAGUGGAGGAUGUGGUAAGACUUUCCUCUGGAGAACUCUAAUAGCCAAAUUACGUUCUGAAGGUGAUAUUGUUCUUCCUGUUGCCUCUUCUGGAAUUGCUGCAACUCUCCUACCUGGUGGUCGAACAGCUCAUUCGCGCUUCAAAAUUCCCAUAGUGCUUGAUGAUUUUUCUCUUUGCAAUAUAGGUCAUAAUUCAGAUAUAGCCGAGCUUAUUCGUCAGACAAAACUAAUAAUUUGGGAUGAGGCUCCAAUGCAGCAUAGAUAUGCUUUUGAAUGUUUAGAUAGGUCACUGAGGGACAUUAUGAAGAGUGUAGAUCCUGUUCGGGCGACAUUACCAUUUGGUGGAAUUACAGUGGUUCUUGGAGGUGAUUUCAGACAGAUAUUACCGGUAAUAACACAAGGAGACAGAGGUGAAAUUGUGUCCGCAUGUAUCACUCGCUCUCGCCUGUGGUCGAUUUGCACCAUUUUCUUGCUGUCCAAGAACAUGCGACUUAAUCAAGGACAAUCUCAGGAGGAAAUUGACGAGCUUAUAAAGUUUGCACAAUGGGUACUUGAUGCAGGUGAUGGAAAGUUGCCUUCUCCGGACAAGUUAUUAUUCUCUACUGUCAAGGAGGAUGACAUUUUGAUCCCGUCUCAAUUCUGUGAUGUUGAGAAAGUUAACACUGUGGAGAAUAUGAUAUCAAGUACUUUCCCGGACUUUGCUCAGAAAGGCACAGAUCCAAGAUACCUCAGUGAGAGAGCAAUUUUAACUCCUACAAAUCAAACUGUAAGUAGUUUGAAUUCACUAAUCGUACAGAAGUUGCCAGGCCAGUCUGUUUCAUACUUCAGCGUAGACAAGGCGGAAGAAUUUGGAGGAACUGAAGCUGAGAUGAAUUCAGCAUUCCCAACUGAAUACCUUAAUUCUAUAAACCUUCCAGGCAUGCCUCCUCACGAUUUGAAGUUAAAAGUCGGAGUAGUUGUUAUGUUGAUGCGGAAUCUCAAUCAGACUCUAGGAUUAUGCAAUGGUACAAGAAUGAUAAUCACCAAGUGUCUGAAAUUUUGUGUUGAGUGUGAGGUUAUAUGUGGUUCUUUUGUUGGAACCAAACAUUACAUCCCACGUAUGGAAUUAUGUCCAAGUGAUACUCGCAUGCCAUAUAAGCUCAUUAGGAAACAACUGCCUUUACAGAUAUGCUAUGCAAUGACUAUAAACAAAGCUCAAGGUCAGUCACUUGAAAAAGUUGGAUUAUUUCUUCCAAAAUCAGUAUUUACUCAUGGACAAUUCUACGUCGCAGUUAGCAGAGUUACAUCUCCUCAAGGCUUACAAAUAUUCAUUGACAAUGAGAGUGGUGAGCCCACAAAUGUUACACAAAAUGUGGUCUACAAAGAAAUCUUCUACUCAUUACCAAAGUGUUAG